AUGGAACUGGAGACCAGUACAGAUGCCACUCUGUUUGAUUCCGUACCUUCCGCACCGAAACCGCUGGCCAAAAAGGCGAAGACUCUCCAUGAACUUAGCACUUCAGACGAUCCGAAGCCCAUCCCUAAUUCUACGGCAUUGACAUCUCGGGAGGGGAGAGCUAAGUCACCGAAGGGGACCGCAAGCACGUACAAACCGUCAAGAUCAAGUCACCUCGCUCGAAUUCCUCUCGAACUCCUAGCAGAGAUCCUUUCUUUCGUCCCAUCACCGCGCGACGUCUUAGCCGUUGCUCGCUGCGACAAAUACCUCUGUGCUACUCUCGUGCGCAGGUCCUCGGAUUUUAUCUGGCGGCAGGCCAGGAGGAACUUCAGAGCUGGCCGCAUACCAGACCCAACACCCAAUUGGACAGAGUCGGCCUAUGCUGCAUGGCUCUUUGACCCUGCUCCGUGCCAUGUAUGCAAGAAGACUGCAAAGGCCUUUACUUCAUGUUAUGCCAUGCGUAUCCGUCUAUGUGCCAGUAAUGAUUGCCAUCGCGCCUUUGGACGAACCCUUAUGCAAGCUCCGCCAACGGUGGCUGGCGAUGCUGUCUCGGGAUGGCUUCCAUCUGUAGAGGCAGGCGCAGUCCUCUGUGUUGGAGAUCCCGGCGACGAGUAUACCAUAGAUCCCGAUAUGGAUAAAUGGUAUCGAAAGGAAGAGCUCGAGCCGGCCCUUGCGGCGUACCAAGAGGCUCAAAACUCCAGUGCUGAAUCAGACGCCGUCCUCACCCAAUUUCUCGUUGCACACGAAGCUGAAACUCGAAGGAACGUGACCAUGAUGGAGCACGCGGUUGUUUUACAGAAGUGGAAACGGGCCUUUGAAGCACUUGCCCGACGUAUCCGACAGCUAAAUGACGUGACGGCCCACCAAAUUGCUGCGAAGGAAGGCUGGUCCUGGGACGAUUUGAAAGUGGCGCGGACGUUCGAGAUGUACCUCCGCGCCCAUAACAAUUCGCUGGAACAGAUCAGCAUGAGCGAUUUCCAGUUCAUUCGUGACCGGGUUGAACCCGAGAUAAUCAACAUCGUUGAACGGCGCCGUCGCCGGGAGGAGGAGAACACCUACAGGCAGAAUAGGGCACGCGUCGCCUUGCACUAUCAGCGCAUGAAGUCCGCGGGGAUGCACGAGCCCAUGCCAAGCCUCACCGAGUUUCAUCGGCUACCCGUGGUGAAGGCGCUGGAGUCGGCCGCGCCUGAAGCUGAGGACGUCUCCGAGCAGCUGAAGAGCACGCAGUUCCUCAAGGAGAUGCUGGACAAGGAUCUGGACAAGUGGCGAGAGAAGGCAAAGGCGCGCCUAGCCGCUGUCCUUGGAUACUCGGGCUGGAAGAGCGCGAGUGUGAACAAGCUGCAUCCUGUCGAGAGACUGACGGCAAGGUUUGUGUGCAAGUUAUGUAAGAAGGUGGCGAAGAAGUACGAAGAAUAUGGGAGUCUGGACUAUGCGGGUGUUUGUGCUCAUAAAUGUACACAUUUGAACAAGAAACAGAGGGCGAAAUUUGUUUGGAAGGCUGAGCAGUUUGAGCCAGACGAGAAGGCUAUCAAAGUGAUCUCGCAAGUACUACAGCUCACUCACACUGAUCCUGAAGAUCCUCAUGCGCUUGCCGUGAUGGCUGGGUAUGGGGAGCGAAUCCAAUGCGAGUCCUGCGACGCGGCGAUCGUCAUGGAUUUCAAUCGUCUGUGUAUGCACUCCCGACGGCAUGACGACAUGAAAGUGAAGCUGAUCUUGCAGGACGAGGCGAACGCCAUCUUGAAGCACCCCAUCGAGACCGGACUGCACGCCAAACUCAUGGAGCAGUCUUACCAUGCUAAGAAGGCGCGGUCGCUGAAGGAGUACGGAUGCCGGCACUGCACGCAGAGGAAGAACGUCGUGGCGGAGGUAAACGCGACCGCUCCAAGCAACGGAGCCGCUCCCAACGCAGAUGCAGCGGCACCUGAGCCCAAGCCCUCCGCGACCCCGCAUGGCAGGUUAUGGGAUUUCAACGGCUUGCGCUCCCAUGCGAAGAGCAAGCAUGGUAUAGAGACACUUGGGGAUGAGGACUUCUAUCACCUGGCCCCGAAGCCUGAGAGCUCUUCAUAGCAUUGCGCUUGUGCUUGGUGUGUAUUUUUGCACGGGACAGGAGUCCCCAUCGGGAACGGAGAUACCAGCCGAACCUCACCGGAGGCCUCAGGAGCCCAACGUCCGCUUGCACGCAAGAGCGCAAGCGUCUGGAUAUGGAGGCUAUUCAGGUCGUAUUCAGGUACUCGAGCCUACGCCUGGUCGUCUUUCAUGCUUCGUAUCGCGCUCAGUGAAGGCUGUCAGGGUGUAGUGGAAGACGGAGAAACCAACGGAUAAAGCGGCUAUUUAUAGUAGUGCUGUUGCCUUAAAAGGUUAUGUCUACAAAGGUAUUUCUACCUUGUUAGAUUGUUGUCAGACUGAUUCGGUGUUCUGCACUGCUCGACUGUCCAUCUGGAUGACCUCGCAAUUCUGUUUUGCCCUCUUUGCGCUCUCCUGGCGCUCUUUUGUGACUUAUGGUGUACCACACGCCACCAGGCUCAUUACAUAGCUUCUAUUGCAU